AUGGAUGAAGAUUUGCUGUUAAGUUUUUCCGAUGAAAUGUCUAGCGGCGUGCAGGAGGUCGCCAUAAUAAAAAGAAACAAAGACCUACAAAACAGACUGCAUGAAGAGUAUUUGGACUUAAUGAGCAAACUGGAUGUUCUGGGGAUUAUGCGAAAGCAAUUGCUUGAAUACAAAAAGAAAACAAAAAAGAAGACGCAGACAGAGAGUUUAAAGAAGUCCAGCUCGUAUGCUCCAGCGAAUAAUCCAGAGCAGAAUGUAGAUCUAACAGCCGAGGCACAGCGUGUUCUCUCGCAGAUCAACGCGUUUUUCAUUGCAGAAAGAGUAUUUCUCCCAGAGGUCAAAAGCAAAGUAUGGGGUGUGCUCUCAAAAGAGAUAGAAAAACCAGUGCAAGAGUGCAUGCGUCUGUGGUACCACCCACAGAACCCGGCAUACCGGCAGGAUAAGUUUCAACCAGAGGAAGACAACGAAAUACGGAAGCAUAGAGGUGACUGGAGUGAAAUAUGCAAAACAGUAAGAAGAGCGCCUAUUUCUGUGUACUCCAGAUACCUUGAGCUGCAGAAGAGCAGGCCUACUUCGCAGUGGACAGAGGAAGAGGACCAGCAUCUUGCAGAGCUCGUCCAGUCUGAGGGGAAAAAGAGCUGGACCGAGAUAGCAGUGCAUUUUAAGAAUAAAACCUCGCGGCAGUGCAUGUACAGAUAUAAAAGAGUGCUGAACCCAGAAAUACGGCAUGGGAGGUGGACGGAGGAAGAGAAUCGUGCGCUUUUGAAAGGAGUGAGCAAGUGCAAGAAGGGCAACUGGCGAGAAGUGUGCAAAUAUGUCCCAACUAGAACGCAGUUUCAAUGCAGGGAGCGGUAUAUAUACUAUUUAGACCCAGCAAAGAACAGCCAGCCCUGGUCACCAGAGGAGGAUGAAAAGCUUUUGAAAGCAGUUGAAAAAUCAGAAAAACAUGUAUGGAGGCAGAUCUCAAAGGAGCUUACAGAUAGAACAGAUAGACAGUGCAGGAUCAGAUACUACCAAAUCAAUAGAAAGACAGAUAAAGAAUAA